AUGUCUGUAAAGGCACCAAGACCUAUAGAUAGACCUCAAAUUACUACCACUCCACUACCGAAAUCUCAGUUUACAUUCAAAAAUUUACUUGAUAUUAAUAAUCCUCAAUUAUCAUACUUACUGCCUUUAUCAGUUAUAUCUUUAGUUGAUUUAAACGCGUUUUAUGCACAAGUUGAAACUGUAAGAUUAGGUUUAACUGAUAAAGAUCCAGUUGUUUGUCAACAAUGGCAAUCUUUAAUAGCAGUGAGUUAUGCUGCAAGAAAAUAUGGAAUAAGUAGAUUAGAUACAGUUCAUUCAGCAUUAGCUAAAUGUCCAGAUUUAAUUUGUGCACAUGCUGGAGUUUAUAAAAAAGGAGAUAGUCAUUGGGCAUAUGUUGAAGGAUGGCCAAGCCCUGUUGAUCAUAAAGUCAGUUUGGACACUUAUAGAAGAGAAAGUAGAAAAAUUUUAAGAAUUAUUCAACAAUAUUUUGAUUUAGUUGAUAAAGCAAGUGUUGAUGAAAGUUAUAUUGAUUUAGGUCGACUGAUUUACGAAAUACUAAUGGAUAAAUUUCCACAAUUAAAUGUGAAACUAAGUAAAGAAGAACAGGAUCAACCAUUACCAAAUAUACCAAAAAUUUUACCAAUAGAUUUGCAAUGGGAAGGAUAUAUAUAUGAAUCUCAAGCUGAAAUGCCAAACACAGAAGAUCCAAACGAUAUUAAUAAAAAACCAUUACCACCAGCCAUCCAAGAUUGGGAUGAUAUAACAUUAUUAAUUGGUUCACAAUUACUUUUCAAACUACGACAAACAAUUUAUGAAAAUUUAGGUUACACAACAUCAGCAGGAUUAGCAAGAAAUAAAUUAGUUGCAAAAUUAAGUGGUGGUUUUAAAAAACCAGAUGAUCAAACUAUCAUUAGAAAUUGUGCAAUUAAUCGAUUUUUAAGCAAUUUUGAAUUAAAUGAUAUAACUGGUUUAGGUGGGAAAUUAGGUGAAUCAUUAGUUAAAAGAUUUGAUGUACCACCAGAUCAAAAUUCAAUAGCAUAUAUUAGAGAAAAUUAUGAUUUAAAAGCAACUAAAGCACAAUUAAAAGACGAUUUAGAAUUAGCAAAUAAACUUUAUAAUAUAGUUAGAGGACUUCAUCCAUCAGAAUUAAGUUAUAAAGUAGAAGUAAAAUCAAUGACUUCAACUAAAAAUUUUAGAGAUAAUUCUCCUUGGACUUUAGAAGAUGCAUAUGGAUGGUUAAUUGUAUAUGCAGGUGAUUUAACUAAUAGAAUAAUGGAUUUAGAUAAUGAAUCAAUGGAAUUAUCACAAACAAAAUUUUCUACAAGAGAUAAAGGAAUAUUAAAACGACCUAAAACAGUAACAAUAGGAAUAAGAUCAAUGGCAUUUGUAAGACAAACUAGACAAAUGCCAUUACCUUUUCAUAAAGAUUUAAAUAAAAUGAGACAACUGAUACAAGAUUGUGCAUAUCAAUUAAUACGUGAAUAUAUGGAAAAUAAUACAAAUUUAUUAAAAUUAAAUCCAAAUUAUAAAUCAGUUAGAGAUUUAUAUAAUGAUCAUCCUAAAAAUUGUAGAAUUAUGAAAAUGCAAAAUAUGUCAUUAACAGUUUCUAAUUUUGUUGCAUUAAAUGAUAAUUCAUUAAUUGAAACUUUUACUAAAAGUAAUAAUAAAGAUGAUAAUGAUGAAUUAAUUAAAAUUAAUAAUCAAAUGAAGAAUAAAAGAAAAAUGGAAAAUGAUUCAAUUGUUGUGCCUCCUAAAAAGACAUUAACUGAUAAAGAUAAACAAGCCAUUACCAAUUUAUUCAAGGAAUAUGAAAAAGGAAACACCAAGACUAAUAAUAAACCCAAUAAUAUCAACAAAAGCAAUGGUCACCAAAGUAAUGGUCAACAAAGCAAAAUCACAUCGCAUCCUUCAACAUCAGCAUCAACAUCAUCUAAAAUCAAACAUUCUUUGAAAAAAUCAUCACCAUCUUCAGCAAUAGACAUAUUUAAAACAUUAAGUAAACCAAAAACAAUUGAUCUUUUAGAUGAAUUAAAAAGAACAAACAAAUGUCCUAAAUGUAACUACAUCACAAUUAAUGAUCCAAUAGAACAUAAUGAUUAUCAUAUAGCUAUAGAUUUAUCACUGAAAUGGAAUAAUUAA